AUGGCAGUGACAAUGUCUGACGGUCCGAUUCGGAAGGCUUGCGAUCGGUGUCAUAGGCAGAAGCUGAGCUGUAAGCGCGUCGGCGAUGAAGCCUGUGAGCGCUGUAUCAGACUCAAGGAAGAGUGCACUUCGAGCCCUUCUCUGCGUUAUCGCAAGCAACACAACCACCACAACCAAUACGGCUCAACAGCAGAGGUUGUACGAAGAGCCAUCCCGACUCCCAAGCGGCAGCGUACAGAGAGCGGGUCCGCCCAAACCCAACAUGAUGGUCCCGUCUGUGGUAACACGGCAUUUGGAGACAAUGCUGUCGUUUCACCUGAUGCCAUGCUUGACAUGGUCGACUUCGACUUCGGCUUCGGUAACUCUGCCGGCCUCUAUCAACCCAGCACAAACCAACAGCAAUUACCCCAGACUUUCACCGGAGCCAUGGACGAUCUGAUGUCAGGACAUGGAGAAUCCAUUACCCAUCCAUGGAGCCCAGUCCACUCGACAACUUCAGACUCGGCAUUCACCUCACCCAUGGCUCCGCAAGCAGACCAGGUCGGCCGGGUCUAUCUCGGAAGCCCUGCGUUGCAAAGGCAAUCUUCUUCAAGAUGGAGUAAGCCACAUGACUUUACUCCACCGCGGAGAGCAAGGAAGCGUGUCAAGCAAAGAACAAGGCAGAUCAUGCUCCGGCCGUAUGCUGCUGGCCAAGGACCAUCGGCUGGAGAGUGGAUGCCUCGCAUCACCGAAGUCAACUCCCGGCUCUUUGAGCUGUCGUCGAGUCUACCCGCGCACAUCGACUCAUCAUCCGAGGAGCCCGGCCGAUCCAGCAUAGCCUCGACACCCGAUGACGGAAGCUCAACCACGGCACCUUUCCCUGUUGAUGAGAUGUUCAAACUCUCUCGACACUUUGCAGACCUUCUUGCGGAAAUGUCUCCACCGAUGGAGGCCGCCUCUCCCGCAAGCGAUGGCGGGAACUCUGUACUAGCUAAAGGGCUCAACUCCUUGUCGGAUCCGGCGACCUGUCUCUUCGUCCUCUCGACGUAUGUUCGGCUUCUAGACAUGUACCAGAAGGUCUUCAGCUGCAUUCACUCAGAGCUAAAUCAGCUUGAGUCGGGUCAUCUGUUUUUGUCAUGGAAGCUUCCUGGCGUCACCGUGGGCUCCUUUGCCGUCGACUCGGCACCGUCUCUGCAGAUGUCUCUCACGAUUCAGUUAGCGGAGGAGUUUCUUCUACAGAUGCGGCGAGCAUCUGCAUCACUUGAUCCGACUCUGCGAUCGGAUGGUUCAUCAGCGGGAAAGGCCCCUGAUGCAGCCUCAAUGUUCUCUGGAGUGGUGGAUGUCUCAUUUCAGGCACUCAAGAGACAAGAAGAGAGUCUAGGCAAGGAACUAAAGGAUCUACGUAAGGCGAUGGAGACUUCUCUCGACGGAUGA